ACAUCUCCUCAGUUUGUCCCGCAUAUUGCAAAUAAUCGCACUUCUUAUCGAUUGUCUGACAACUAAACGGAGUUUUUUCUUUCAAGAUUUUGCCAAUUUCUCACUAGUUUUGUGCUUCUUCUGACUACCCAGUGGAUUUUGAAGAUUUCUGAUGAUCAAAAGAUAUUAAAAAAGUGAAUACAGAUUUAGUAAAAUGUGCUAAAAAAAAUUGAAAAAUGUAUAUAAUCCAUUUGGGUGACGUCGCAAAUUGCAAAAGUGACUGUUAAAUUGGUGUGAAAACGAGGAAAUUGUAUGAUCUUUUGCAUCACAAGUGGUUGCACAGUGUCAAGGCGAAAGCUCAAAAUAUCUACAACGAUUGCUAAAUCCCCUCAAAUCUUCCAAGCAAUCUCCAAAAAGAUGUGCCAAAAAACCCCUUAAGGGUAUCACGAAAAAAAUCCACAGUGGAGUAGAAAAAAAAAUAUCUUCACCCACAGACAAUCACUGAUUUCAAUUCAAACAGUAAUUGCCUCUCUUUGCAAAUGUUCAGACAAGGGAAAAACCCCGUCGCUCUCUCAGGUUGAUUUAUUUCGAAAGUAAAACAUAAAACAGCCACGAGAAUUACCACAGAUGUCGAGGAUACUUUUCUUGCCAUGUGAUCUUUUUAUAGAGAACGUUUAUAGUUCAUACUAAGGAUUUUUAAAGCCUCUUUAAAAAAAGUGUUAUCCAACUCUUUAAUCAUUCCUUCGAGGGAUUUUGAGGACACCAUGGAUGACGACACCGAGGACAAGGAUGAUACCAAGAGGAAAUCCAGGAACUUGAGCGAAAAAAAGAGAAGAGAUCAGUUCAAUUUGUUAGUGAAUGAACUGAGUUCAAUGGUGUCGUCCAAUAACCGGAAGAUGGACAAAUCCACGGUGCUCAAGUCCACAAUAGCCUUUUUAAAGAAUCACAACGAGAUCGCCCUGAGAUCACGGACCCAUGAGAUUCAGGAGGAUUGGAAACCAUCUUUUCUCUCCAAUGAAGAAUUCACUCAUCUCAUUCUGGAAGCCCUCGAUGGGUUCAUCAUGGUCUUCUCGUCCACCGGAAGAAUUUUCUAUGCUUCUGAAAGUAUUACCGCACUCCUUGGGCAUCUUCCGAGUGAUCUCCUCAAUAUGACGAUCUACGACUUAGCUUACGAUGAGGAUCAUUCAGAACUUUACAAUGUCCUACUAAAUCCAGCAGCUAUCACUGAUCCUCUGCAGAAUAAUCUCACAAGGGAAAAUCAGAUCCUCUUUUCGUGCCAUUUGAAGAGAGGAGCCGGCGGGAAUGAUUUCUGCGAUGGACUGACUUACGAAUUAGUGCAAUUUGUUGGAUACUUCAGAACUGACGUCGACAUAGAGAAUAUGCUUCCAAAUUCAAGGAAUUGCAUUUAUCCAUCGGAUGCAGAUACAAGGCUGAUAUUCGUGGGCACGGGACGUCUGCAGACGCCUCAGCUUAUACGGGAAAUGUCCAUUGUGGAUUCUACAAAGAGUGAAUUCACCUCUAGGCAUAGCCUCGAGUGGAAAUUUCUAUUCUUGGACCACAGAGCUCCACCCAUUAUUGGAUACCUGCCCUUUGAGGUUCUAGGUACAUCUGGAUACGACUACUACCACUUUGAUGAUCUUGAGAAGGUCAUCACUUGCCAUGAAGCUUUGAUGCAGAAGGGUGAGGGAACAUCCUGCUACUAUCGGUUUUUGACCAAAGGCCAGCAAUGGAUUUGGCUACAGACGCGCUUCUACAUCACUUAUCACCAAUGGAAUUCUAAGCCGGAAUUUGUGGUUUGUACACAUCGAGUCGUGAGCUAUGCUGAUGUGAUGAAGCAGUCCAAGAAUGGAGGAUCUGGGGCUAAUGAUACCCUUGACAAGGAACUUGAUGAAGUGGAUGCGACUGAUCGACAAAUGCCAACAACGGCCAAUUCACCAUGGAGCUCGAAGAGUUCCCGGAUGUCACGUUUCGCCGUAACUCCUGGCUCACCGAGUGUCAAGAGUCGACAGAGAUAUCAUACCUACCAUGGAACAGGUUCAGACUCCACUUCAAUCUCUGCCGACUCCCACACGAGUAGGCAAUCACUUAUAACCCAAUAUAGUUCGCGUUCUCGGAUGAGGCAGAAUUCCCAUCAAUCAAAGACUCCUCAUCAGACGCAAAGUCUUCAAAUCCAUCAGAUGGGUCAGCCUAAUCAAUCUAGUUCCCAGGUCCACCAGAAACAGUGCCAGACACCUCAAAUGAUGGGCCCAACCUUCUUGGAACCUCCACAGUAUCUCACAGCCAUUCCCGUACAACCAGUCUUGGCUCCCGCACCCUUUACAGCUGCUGCCACUGUAAUCUCACCUCUUCAGCCAACAGAACUUAUCCAUAGCGGCGUUGUGAUGACUCCUGCCCAGAGUCAAAUACAGGAUCAACUUCAGCGGAAGCACGAAGAGCUCCAGCAUCUCAUUGUGCAACAACAGGAGGAACUGAGAAGAGUAUCAGAGCAGCUUCUGAUGGCUCGAUAUGGACUCCUGCCAUCAAUUGUUAAUGUAUCCCUACCACCAUCGAGUGCAGCUUCCACAACGAGUCGCCAGCCCGUUAAUAGCACAGUAACACAUCUUCAGCACGGUCCUCCUGCUCAGAACCAAGUACCAAUAAUUGAGCAUUCAGGGCAGGGUCAGGGAGAAUUGGAUGCAGGAGGUAUGGGAUCUGUGCAAGCAGCUGGUGAGAUGGUGUCCUACAUGCAACUGAAUCCAGUUCCCUCGACCCAUCUACAUCCAAACCAAGGGCCUCCAGGUGAGAUGGAUGUCCCACCCUAUCAAAUGGGUACACCAGAUCGAAAUCAAAUGAUGUUUGAUCCUGGGAAUUUGAGAUCACCCGUCUCUGAUCCCCAUAGUCAAUGAAAAUCACCCGGAUUCUCGAGUGAAGCAGUAUCAUAUCACCCAGGGUUCACGUCAUGAGGCUCGUGCAGAUGCAAAAAAAGUGGAAGAAUUCAAUUGAUGUGACAUGUGAGAGGAAAACAUAGGGGUUAUCGCCUGUUCAGUGCGACAAACACUCCAAAUUAAAUUUGUAAUUCAAAUACUGAUUAGUAUAUGUCCCUAAAUAGAGACACUCCCCACCAUAUUUACAGAUGCGCUUCAUAUUAGCAACUCUCAAAAAAACAGGGUAAAACGCUGUGAGAAAUAUAUUUUAAGUGUGACAA